UUGUGUUGCAUGGAAUGACUGGUAGUGGGAAGUCCUGCUUAGCUGCAGCUGCUGUGGAGAAUCUUCCACUGGUUACUAAAUCUUUCAAGGAUGAGUACAAAGACUGGCAGCUGCUAACCCGUUUCGAGAUAUUGGAUUUAAGUUAACAUGUUUGCUGAAGAUAUCAUCAAAUGAAAUUUUCAGUUCGAGCUUACAAUCUCAUCAGGGACUGAUCACCAUGUUGAUAGAAUAGAAGCAUAGAGAAUUUUCAGUAUACUUAUUUCAGUUGUGGGUUAUCUUUUCAAAGCAAGUGGUGUGUCAUGAAACUUGUGUAAAUGAAGCGUACAGUGAAGAGAAUAGACCUUGUGAACAAUGCCAGUGGCAGUGCAUAGAUUGAGUCAGUGUACUGGAUGCUGUUGAACAGAUAUUUGGUUCAGUUUGCCAACUGUAGUUAUGUUUAAGAAUAAAUAUGUAAAUUGUGCGUGGAAUGCCUCAUCAAGUAUAAAUUGUAAAAACUGUACUUGCAAAUUCGUGUUGUACAUUGCUACUACUUCACAUAUAGUUUCUAUGAAACUGACAUUAUUUAUGGCAUAAAGUUUAAUAAAGUUUUAGAGUAAUUCAAAACUGUUUGUUGCACUUAGCUCACUUUGUGACCUGUAAAUUUUGUAAAUAGUAAAAGCAAACCUAUUUAAGUUAUACAAACAUGUAUUCCAUACACAAUGUACAUUCAUUAGAGAGAACGAAAUAACCUUUAAAAAACGUGAUGACUCCCUCAUUGUUCAGGGGAGUUUCCUCUCUAACAAACAGAUCUGUUUUAGCAGGAAUAUUUACUAACAAAGAGUACACUGGUAUGCAAAACUUAAAGGACAAAAGUAUUGAGUUGGUGCAUAAGUCCAUAAGUUUAAUAAGUCCAUAAGUUUAAUAAGUCCAUAAGUUUAAUAAGUCCAUAAGUUUAAUAAGUCCAUAAGUUUAAUAAGUCCAUCAGUUUAAUAAACACAAAAAAUGGACAAAGAACUCAUCGAGCCAUGUUCGGAGCUCGUUUUAAUCAGGGAAGGAAGUUCCUUGAAGGUUGUUCAGUAGAGAGCAGAAAAGAUGAACAUCUUCGGGUGCAGGAUCACGUGAGUAAGGUGGUAUGGAAUGACUUCCCAAUCCAACUCAUGUACAGUGUUUUUUGUCAGUCUAGCAGAAUGUGAGGGGAUGGUAUCAUGGAGUAGCAACACUUCACACAGUCUUCCAGGUCAUUGUUCUUGGAUUGCAUUUGCAACAUGUCUCAGUUGUUGACAAUAAAUGUCAAUAUUCAUAACUAUGCCUCAGGGAAGUACAGUAUAACCUGGCUUUUACGUUCCCAAAAUUAACGUUUCCCGGCCGUUUAUGACAUUUUUUUAUCAUUCCCGUCAAAUUUGCUAUGUCCACAAUGUUAAUUUGCACCUGAUUUUGUGUCAACAUAUUUCGUGAUUGUUGUGAUCUUCGUGACAACUUUGUUGAACCAUAUUUAGCGUGUUUCAGCAUUUGGCCAUUUGUAGCGCUAGUUGACACCGCCAUUCACUUUGCGUUGCGUUUUAGUUAAAAUACAGCACCAGUUACGUAUUGUUUUCAUGCUGAACAAAAGAUGUUUUGAGAAUUUAUUCUCACUGUCAAGUGCAGUAUUUACGUAUGUAUUUUUUGUAAUGACACACAAACAAACAAUGUGAAUGAUAGUUUGUGUGUGUAUGGUUUCCCACAUAACUGAGGAGGCACAGUACCCGAUAACCUCAUAAAUUACUUAUGCACCUAUUUGCUCUUGACAGUGAGACAAAAUUCUCGAAACGCAUCAUGCUAAGCAUGAAAAUAUGUAACUAGUGCAGUAUUUCAUUAUUUAAAUAAUGAAUGACAGCUGUAGGCUUUCAAAAACAACAAUUAUGACGUAUGAAACAGUAAAACUUUCCACUUCCUAGAUAGUUAUCAGUUCCAGUUACAUCAGCGGUUUUUAUUAGAUAAUAAACCUUUAUUAGUUAAUAAACAAGUUCCUGACAUGUCUUUUGAUGCCUGUUGUGUAAAUAUACCAUACAUAAAGUACAAAAAUGCAAGAUGGUAUCCUAUACGUAACUUUUACAGCUUAAAACAUUAUUUCCCACAUUUUAAUUUUUUCUUGUAUCUUACGCAAUUUUUUUGAAACCACUUGAAAAGUGUAAAGGCAGGGUUUCACUGUAGUUCAUGCUUUUCCACCAGACGCAUAACAUUAUCUUCAAUGGGUGUACACAGGUAUUUGUACGGGUAGUUGCUGCUUUGUUUGUGCUCAACCACUCCUUUCUUUUCCUUAUGUUAGCAUAAAGACACCAUUUGUCAUCACCAGCAACAAUACAGGAUAGGAGUGGUCAGUGCUGUUCAUGAGCCAAUUGAUGAUGAGGAAGCAGAGAUGCACAUAUGGACGACCGCUGAUUUUAGCUUAGAGUAUGCGUACCCAUACACUCAAUUUUUGAUCGUUCCCCAUUCCUUGCAUAUGUCACAUGAUGGUAGAAUAAUCACAGUUAAUCACAUUUACAAAGUCUCCAGCACACUAGCAUGGAUCAUUGUGGAUUAAGAUGUUCAAACAAUCUUUUUUAAACCUCAAAGGUCUUCCUGAAUGUGGAGAGUCAUUAAUGUCAAUAGGAUCCUCCUUAAAAAGAGAAAUCCAUUUUCUUGCCAUGCUCUGUCCAAUGGCAUUAUCCCCAUACAAGGCACAAAUGUUUCUGGCUGCUUCCACUGCUUUCACCCUUGUACUGAACUCAAACCAAAGAAUAUUUCAGAAAUGUUCCAAUUUCCCAACUAGCUACUCCAUCCAAGUGCCCACAGCUCCACUCACUAUUUCCAGAUGACAAAAUGACAGUAUGUAAACACAAAUAGCAACACUGAACUACAAAUAAAAAAUUACAGUUGAUAAGUAAACCCAUAGCAUCUAGAAUACCAACAUGCAAAACGAAAAAUGUUAUGAACUUAUGCACCAACCUAAUAACUAUCACAUGAUGUGUCACUGCCCAGUAACAUAGCUUGAUGAAACCUGGACCGUAUGUAAAAAGAACUGCUACAUUGUUCCCCUCGACAUUACAAGAGGCAGGACAUGGUUAGUAAUAGUGUGUGUUAUCAUCACAGGUGGCAAUGCACCAACCUAAUAACUAUCACAUGAUGUGUCACUGCCCAGUAACAUAGCUUGAUGAAACCUGGACCGUAUGUAAAAAGAACUGCUACAUUGUUCCCCUCGACAUUACAAGAGGCAGGACAUGGUUAGUAAUAGUGUGUGUUAUCAUCACAGGUGGCAAUGCAUUCUUUGCAAUGCGCUCCCAUGCUGGCCAAAAGGUUGGUAAGGAGUUUUUGCGGCAAGGUGUUUCACUCCUCCAUCAAUGCAGUUGACAACUGCUGGAUGGUCAUUAGUGCAUGUGAAAGUGCUGCAGUACAUCUCCCCAAUCCAUCCCACAUGUCUUUGAUGGGAUUUGAGUCAGAGGCAAGGAUAGACCAGUCCAUUUGCCAAAUACUCUCUUGUUUCAAGAACUCCUCCACAUUCACUCUUCAAUGCGGCCAUGCACUGUCACCAAUAAAAAUGAAGUCAGAGCCGAAUGCACCCCUCAAAAAAUGCAUGUGGGGAAGGAGUACACUGUCAAAAUGACAUUGACUGGUGAGUAUACUGUGUUAAAUGAUUUGGUGGUCAGUAUGCCCAAGCAACAUUAUGCUUCCUCAGACCAAAGUGCCUGAACCACCAAAACGAUCAUGUUUGACAGUGCAGUACAUACUCUCAAAUGACAACAAGUGGGAACACGUAAUGCAUCAAGGAAGAUUGUUGAACAUAAUUGUUUUGUUGGUCCAGGUUUUAUGGUGUGGAGAGGCAUAAUGUCGCAUUGGCAUACCGACCUCCAAAUGUGUGAACAUUCACUGGUCAGCAUUACAGAGGGGCUGUACUCCUUCCCCAUGCUUGUCUUUUUUGAGGUACAUUCAGCCUCAUUUAUGUGGAUGACUUGUGUGCAACUGCUUUGAACAGCACAGGUGGAGGAGCUCUUGGAAUGAGAGGAUAUUUGAUAAAUGGACUGACAUGUCCAUUCCUCCGUCACAAAUCCCAUCAAGCAUGUGGGGAAUGCGUAGGGGAGGCUUAUGGGAGUACAUCCACUAAUGACCCUCCAGCAGUUGUCAACCACACUGCUGGAAGAAUGGGAAGCCCUACCACAAAAAUUCCUUGCCAACCUUACGGCUAGCAUGGGACCAUGUUGUGAAGCAUGCAUUGCUGUCCGUCGUGAUCGCACACACUAUUAAGAAUCGUGUCCCACCUUUCUUUGUCCAGGUGACCAUUAUAAAUCACAGUGACUCUAGUGCAACUACUGUUUUUGAAUAAAAGUGUCAUAUCUGUUCAUCUUGUGUAUUUCUUUCGGUUACCUUCUAUACUAUACUGUAGCAGUUCUUUCUAAAUAUGGUCCAAGUUUCAUCAAGCUAUGUUACUUGACAGGGAGACAUCAUGUGAAAGUUACUUGCUUCCUUGAGUUUUGCACCAGUAUAGAUGUGCAUAUUCCUUUGCGUGAGCAGUCAUCCUUGAGAACCUGUGAAAACUGUUAUUUGCCAUGUACUUCCUCAUGAACAGAUGCAUACAGUUUUCACACAUUUUAAAAGUUUCCUCAUAGAUGCUAUAUGGUAUAAAAUAUUUAUUUUGAAUAAGAUCUGAUGAAACUUGACACCUGAAACUGUGUACACCUAUAAUUGUCUCAUUUGAGUAUACAGGAGCUUUAUUUUCUAUUUAUUAAUGUAUUAGAUGACCAUUUGGGAGCCCAAGAAUUAGUAUUCUAGGUAUUGUAGUUGGAGCGAAGUUGCUGAAUAAAUUAUUCAGCAAUUUUGCAAAUUGUAUGUUAAUUUGUAAUGUUCUUGCUGCUUUGACUUCACUACCUCUUUUGACCAUUUCACAGGUUUUUUACUGACAUCUGAAUCGGUGUUGUCAAUAUUUGUAUAUUACAUUGGGAUUUUCCUUUCUUUUUAUGCUUUAACUACACUUUUAUGACAGAUCAGUUGUCUGCGAAUAUACAAACGUAAAUGAAAGUUUUUCAGACUUAAAAUUUUUCCCCAGAAUUGCCAUGUUGAUCAAAAUUUGGCCAUUGUAAUUAAGUGCAGGUUGUUGAACUGUAAUCACUGAUCAUGCAGUAAUACCCAAGAAUAUACCUUAAUCUUAAAGGUUUGUUAUAUUUUUGUAUUUAUAAAUUAAAAAAAAAAUGUAAUUCAUAUAAGAAAAUUUUCAAAGCAUUUGGGAACAUGAGAGUCCCAUGUUUCAUAGCCUACAGCAAUAUUUCCACAUUGCCUCUCCUGCAGCCUUACAUUACGGUUUCAAACCUUCAAUCUUCUAACAAUAUUCAAUAUUUUAUAUGAGUCCAUUUACAUCUUCUGGUGAUAUUGACGCAGGCACUUGCAAUGCCAUUUGUUGGAUGUUGUCAUCACUUAACACAACUUAUGCAUUAUGAAUAAAUGCUUUGUUACUUUCCAAAUAGACUGUGCUAAUGUAUGCUUUCUGUGUGUGUUUUCACUUGUUCAUGUAACCUUCUGGGAUGUAACGUACUUUCUCCAAAAGUUCAUUUUUAUUGAUGUACCUGACAACAGCCAAAUGCUUCAUUUGUGCUGUGAGCAGUUACCUUUGCUCCUUCCAUUGUUGGAAAUGGAACAGAUUAACAGAUGGAAAAUAACAGAAGGAAUUUGGAGCUAUAUGGAUCACUAUGCGGGAGAACAUGGGAAAGCUGUGUUCAUUUCAAAAACUGCGUUUUCUGGCUGAGUGUGGGCGAUUCUGGAAGUAAUGUCUUGUCUCAUGUGAAUCACCUUUUGUGCAAGUUGCAAGCUACAGGGAGAGUAUUUCCUGAUGAAUUUCAGAGGCAGGAACUUAUGAAUCUGACUUGGUUCCGAGAAACACUUAAACGAUACUACACAGAUAAAGAUUUAAGAGAAGGUCUUCUUAUAUUAGAUGAUGUUGCCUCAAGUGAUGUCAUUGAUGCAUUUGACAUUGGCUGUAAAAUACUUGUUACAACGAAGGAUCUUGAAGUGAUGAAAAAAGUGCGAGGAAGGAUAAGCAAAACUAUUAAACUGAAUGAUGGUUUCAAAGAAAUGGAGACAUUGUCGUUGUUCGCUAAGUGUAUAAAUCAAACAAUUGAAGAUCUACCUCAUGAGGCAAGACAAAUACAUCGUCUUUGCAAAGGCAUUCCCAUGUUGGUAGCUCUUAUUGGUGCCAAUCUAGAAGAGCACAGUGAAGAUGCGCGUUCUAACAAAGGAAGAUGGAAUAACUUCAUUACAAUGCUUAAAUCAAAACACUACAGCUCCCCUGGACGCAGUACAUUUUACCAAGAUGAACUGUUAAGUGCAGUUGGGAUGUCUGUGGGAAAUCUACCAGAAUAUCAGAAGGAAAGAUUCCAGGAUUUUGCACUAUUUAAAGAAGAUGUGAAUAUCAAACCUGAGGUGCUUCAAGUUCUUUGGUCCCUUAACAAAUAUGAAGUAGAAGAUAUUAUGUCAUAUUUUGUUAAGAAGUCUCUAGCUGUCUCAAAAUGGAAUGAAGAACUCAAUAGUUCUGUGUAUGGCAUUCAUGAUAUUAUCUUGGACUACUUAAAAUUUGGCCUAACAAAGGAAAAGAAAAGGGAACUACAUAGAAAAUUGCUGGAAGCAUACAGUAAAAUCUGUGUUGGUGAUUUUUCAAAAUUACCAAAUGAUAAUUAUAUAUAUACCUACAUUGGUUACCAUAUUGAUGAGGCUGAAAUGUGGGAUUUAUACUCCAACCUUUAUAUCAGUUUACCUUUUGUUCAAGCAAAGUUGAAAGUCACUGGACCAGGUGACCUGCUUCUGGACUACAGAAAAUAUAGGAGUAACAUUGACAAAGAGCAAGAGGAUUUGAAAGCAGUUGUUGAUGACUUUGAAAGAUUUGUGCACUCCCAUGGUUUGGAUUUGUACAAGUAUCACGAUCUUGAUGCUGUUCAGUGUGCACUUAAAGAACCUAGACAGAGUUUUGUUUUUAAUGAGGCUUAUAAAAUUGCCAAGGAAUGUAAUACAAGGCUUUACCUUGAACAUAUCCUUAACCAAGAUUUCUCUUCAGACACACAAAGUCUUCCAGUAGGAGGAGGAGCUGUAACUGCCUGUUUUACACAUAGUGAAAAUAAGAUUAUUGUUGGUUGUUAUGAUGGAUCUAUAAAUCUAUUGGCGGUCGACUAUAAACAUAUACUUCACUCAUUUCAAGGCCAUAAGAAGCUGAUAACAUGCCUACAAUGCCACUCAAGUAAUAAAAUAUUCCUGUCAUCUUCAGAAGAUGGUACAGUAAAAUUGUGGAGUUUAGAGGAUAUCAUUGACAAGAAAACAGAGAAACAGAAAUCGGGUGACGGUGGUACUGUCAGAACACCAUCUCCUCGUCUUCGUCAAACUAGUUGGAGUAAUAUGUUUUCUGAAAGUGGAUCAGAUGACAAAAGUAUUUUCACAUUCACUAAACACAAAGGUGCUGUCUCUUGUGCUUCUUUUGCACACAAAAAGAAUGAAGUGGUGUCAUGUUCUGUCGAUGGAUGUGUGAAGGUGUGGGAUAGUGAAACAGGGGCAGAGAAGUUGCACAUAGAUGUUCCCAAUAAUAGCAAACCUAAUAGCUGCACUUUCUCUAAUGAUGAUACUCUGUUGUAUUUUGGUGGGGAAGAUUCACACCUUUAUGUGUAUAGUGCAGAAUUUGGUACAUUCCUUUCAGGACUGGGAAAUGAUGGACCAAUAGUAACAAUUUUAGGUAUCCCAGAUUCGGAGUAUGAGGUAAUUGUUGUAACUGAAGAUUCAAUAAUAUGUUGGAGUUGGGAAGGUGUUAACACUACACCUCCUGAAAAUGUCAUAACCAGUCGUGAGAUAACAGCUACAUUGUCACUUGAAGAUUUGGAAAAACAGGUUCUAGGACGCUGUAAAGGCACAACAUUUGUAUGUGCCACAAUAACGGAAGACAGCGAGUUUGUCAUUACUGCAUCUUCAAACCAUAGUGUCUGCAUUUGGGACAUAAAUCCAAACGCAUCAUAUAUUGUAAAAGAAUACCAUGACCAAAGUGGGGAUAUACACUGCCUGAGCUCUAUCAGUGUAGACAGCAGUAUACACAGAUUUCUGUCAUGUACAAAUAAAAAUGUCAGACUCUGGAAAUUUGAUCCUUCUGCUUCCGGGAAUAAUGUCACUCUUCUAAGCACAUUCGAUGCAUUAUGGCAAAGUGACGACCUUAAUUUUACACUGCCUUUAUUUGCUGUUGCAGACAACACCAACAAAGUACAGGUUCUUCGAGGCAAAGAAUUGGUUUGUGAGUCAUCAAAGGAAGAGACCCAAAUCACAUGCUGCAAAUUUGUUACAACAAACUGUGUAGUAUAUGGAUGUGCAGAUGGUAUGGUAAAACUUUUUGAAGUAGAACCCAACAAAGUUUUGCACAUUAUGAAACUUAAUAAACCAGUGGUAUAUUUGGAUGUCUUUAAGUCUGUGAAAGAAAUAACAAUAACCGCAGGUGAUCAGACUGAGCUGAAGAUGUGGCACUUAUCUGGUGAAGUACUUCCUUGUUAUGGGAUCAAAGAUCUGGUUGUGAAAUGUUUUUUGUUGUCUGAUACAAGAAAAAUGUUAUCAUGCUCUAAGGAUGGAAGUGUAAAGGUUUCAAGGAUUGAUACCGGGGAAUUGGAAGAAGUGAUAGUUGGCCAAAUACGAGAUGCUACAAUCACUGGUGCUGAUUUCUGCCCUCACCAAGAGAUACUGGCUAUGGCUGACAAAAACAAUUGCUUUCAUAUCAUUUGGCUUACUAAUUCUGAAAGGGAACUCUAUUCUGAAACAAAAAGAGUAUCCAGCCCUCCACAUUGCUGUUGUUUCUCACCAUGUGGUCAGUUGAUAGCUCUUGGUCAAGAAAAUGGCAGUAUUUAUAUUUGGAAUGUUACCAAAAAUUCCAUUCACUGUGAACUUAAUCAUCACCGUAGCCGAGUUAAGGAUAUUACAUUUGCACCGGGGGUUCCUGAUGGUGCUCUCCUUGUAAGUGUUGCGGAAACUGUGGCAUGGUGGAGUGCAGCACAGGCACAUAAGUGCCGUCCCAACCGAGGUCGUCGCAGGCAGAGCCAACCUCCUUUUAACUUAUCACUUCUACCUGUGGAAUCAACUCUUGCAGAUGUUUGGAUGACCAAAAUUCCUCACACAGGAAAUUGCUAUCUUCUUGGUUGUUUGAAACUUGCAGGUGCUGAUGCUGGACAGAUUGUUUGUUCUCCUGACUUCUCACAAUUUGCUACUGUGGAUUCUGCGGGCUUCAUUUAUUUACUUGGUGUGAUAAACUAGAGGCCAAAAAAUGUGUUUCAUAUAUUUUCCUGUUAGUGAUUUGUUGUUGUGAUGUAAAAUUGUACAGUUCCUUUUUCUUUCCCACUCUUCUGUGCUUUCACAGUAUGAAGAGGAACUCAGGGAAAGUCAUUUCGUUUCUGGUCUCUCGUUUUAGUGUCCAUCUUCCUUUUAAAUUGUAACUCAAUCAUGGGACUGAAUAGUCUGAUUGUGAGAUGAUCCUUUCCUAACUUGAUGGUGAGAAUAGGCAGUUAAUGUGUCUGUUAGUAAACAAAGUAAAUUUUUAUAAGGUUAUUUUAUAGUGUUAUUUCAUAUUGUAUAUUAUAAGAGUUUAGUAAAUUUUUAUAAGCUUAUUUUAUAGUGUUCUUUCAUGGUAUAUAUUAUAAUUGGGUAAUACAUGUUCAGAUGCUCAGAAUAUAUAUAUAUAUAUAUAUAUCUAUGUGUGUGUGUGUGUGUGUGUGUGUGUGAGAGAGAGAGAGAGAGAGAGAGAGAGAGAGUAAAAAGGAAAAUCGUCUCGUUUAUUCUCCCAACCAUUAGAGGCAUUUCACUUUUAUUGACAUUUCAUAAUGACCAGAGUUGAACUCGGUGUUUUAAACAUGUAUCUCAAUGGUGUGAUGAUGUGACAAUAACUCUUUUCUGUCACUAAUUAUGGUGUUCAGUAUUCAGACAUAGUUUUUCAAUUAAACAUCAAUACCUGUUAUGCAUUUAUUACAUAUGUCAUUAAGAGCUGGGUCUGAGUGCAAUGAUUUCAUUUUGCUAAGGUUCAGUUUUAAGCAUAGGAAGUCUUACUUUUACUACCCUAUUGCCUAUGGACUGCAUAAGGGAACUGCUGGUGAAAGUGAAACUGUAAUCUAUAAUUUUGUAAUUCAUUUGGUGCUAUUUAAUUUUUGUAUUAUUACUGCUAUUAUAUUUCGUCUUCAAAUAAUGGAGCUGUGAAAAAACAGUUACACGAGUGAAACCAGUGGAAAACACACACACACACACACACACACACACACACACACACACACACACACCACUGUAUUGUAUUUCAUAAUUUAACUCCAGACUGUGAUAUUGGUUUGCAGGUGUUACCCUUUUGAUUUUUGAUAGUUUGGUAUGUGAAUGAAUUGCUUUAGUUUUUAACUAAUGUUUUACUUGAAGAAUAUUAGUUAAAAGUCAACUGUAUUGCUCAAUCUUUUCACACAGAUUAUAUUUACGAAUGGUAUGUGACAUUACAAUACUGUGUACAGUAUAAAUCUGAAAAUGGGGAUACUAUCAUGCAUAGAUUAAUUGUACUGAUUUAUGUUUAGGAAGAAAUUACUUUGUUGUGGGAUUUAUAUGUUGUUUGUUUCAAAUUUUUUUAUGUUUUUGAUUUUCCAUUAAAUAUACUUGACAGGAAUGCACAUGUGUACAGCAAGGAACACACAUUUUUGUCUCUAAAACUGAAACAUUGUUCUGAAAAUUUCUGAACUGAUCCCUCAGUCCAACUAAAAUGCAACUACUCAGUUCUAUUGUGUCUGACAUUUCUAGCACUGUGUUGAUGUUGAAGUAUGGUUGUUACAAAUUAUACGAGCACAUACUUAAGAGGCAUCAAAACUGAAAUUGUGAAGUCAUGGCAUUAGUAAAAUAUAAUAAUAAAAAGUAGCAUCAACAAACUUUGAGCUCAGUGGUGGCUGAUGCCUAAAAUGAAUAGGGGCUCACUACUUUUACUGCAUUAUGCAGUUUAUUUUCUAAAUUACUUAAAAUAUUUCUGUAGCUAUAAAGUUAUCUUAAAAUGGACCUGACUACGUUCAUGGGGCUGAAUCUCUUGAAGAGGUAUAUUUAUAUGUAGAAAGUCCAUCCUCCAUUCCUUUAUUAUUUUUUUGCAUCUGUCUAUGACUCUCUCAUUGAAAUCUGAAAGCCUGUGGAUCAUUUCCUCUUCAAUAGAUAGCAUGGAAAUAGCAGGCAGCUUAGUGAAGUACUGAAAAACAGUUUUACUUGUUUAUUUUGACUUGUAGCUUGGGCAAGACUUAGUUCAAUUGUUGUGCAUAACAAUUCACAUCAUAUGCAAAAUGAUACUCUUCUCUUACAAUUGUUUGGAUACUUGUAUGUUGGCUGCACAUGAAUCAAGCACCAUCACAAAUUUGAGGUUUACUUUUUCUUCCUGUUCUUGGGCAACAUCAGCCUGGACAUUUUUAAUAUAAUCUGCUAAGAAGGAAUCUUUAUUGUAAGAGAGAUUUAAUAAUGUCCAAAACUGUUCAAGAGGCUGUCCAGAAGAUAAUAGGUAUUGAAAUACUGCAACCAACUGAAAUUUAGAAGAUACAUCCGAAAUUGCAUCUACUAUCACAGACAAAAAGACUGUUGUAGCUGUUUAUGCAUUAAUUUCUUCAUGACAGUCAUGUAACAUACACCCUAGUAAAUCUUUUUGUAUAUCCUUGAAUGUACUCUUAAAAACUGUAUCAUUGCUCAUGUGCUGUUUUGCAACAGCAUCUAUAGCUAAUGGGAAAUUUUUUAGCCCUCUGAAUAUUCCACGAUCAUUAAAUUUUGAUGUUUAUUAUGUCCAUGUAAGACAAGUUCAAAUUCACCACAGUCUGUUAUUUUGGAAAGACCGCAGUGAUUCUUCCUUAUGUUGUCACUGUGUCUUUCUAUAUCCUGUCUGAAAGUUGAGGUAAGCUGUUCCUAAUUUCUAUUUUCUCAAGGACUGAUAAAUCUAAAUAGCAUUCUUACAUGCAAUAGAUUCCUUGUGCUUCUUAACAUUCUGUGUUAGAUGACUUAGAUAUGACAUGUGAGUGCAUGUCCAGCCUGUAUCUUUACCCUUAAUAAACAGCAACCAUGGAAAACAAAAUAGUUUAUUUUUAUAAAUGCAAACAUAAAUCCAACUAUACAUUAAAAGACCUGUGAAAUAUCUUCCUGUGACUUGUUUGCCCUUGUUUUGAUUUGGGCUGAAGCAUUGGCCUACCAAGCUUCUUUUUUUUUCACACUUCUCUUACAGGCUUAAAGCUGAGAAAUCUGUUUCUAAAAGAUAAUCAACACUGUUCAUUCUUCUUUGAAAAUAAACUCCUAGAACAGGUGAAUCUGCAUGGAGCACUAAAGCACAAUAAAUAACUCCAUUACAGUGAAGGCACACAUGCAAACUGCUCCAGUUGUGGGCUGCAGCCAUUCAGUUCAGAUCAAUUCAUGUGUUUCUACCAGAAUCCAACUUGCAUUUGAGUUGGUUCUUCCACCAGUGCAAAUGCACAUACUUCUAGCAACAUUUCCUCUUGCCCUGCCCUGCCAAAGGAACCCCCUUAAACUGACUCACAAAGGUUCAGAAGAGAAAUUGGACUUCAUCAGUGCCUGGGCAACACUGAGGCACAUGUGUGUGCUAUCUGAACAACUUAAAAGUUUUUCACAGAAGUAGUGGUAUAAUAAAUAGAUACAUUUAUAACUUUGACAAUCAACUUCUUUCUGGUGGUUCACUGAAAACAUAGAAUGUGCCAUCGCUGCUUGAGCUGUUAAAACAUGUGACUUCUGCUUCAGGAACUGAUGCUUAUGCAGCAUAUGUGAAGAAGUUUACCAAAGUAGUUCACAUUUCAAAAGGAUGAAAAUCCACUCAAAACUACAUGUCAGAAGAGAUGACAAGAUACACACCAGGAAUCAGAAAUAACAAUGGAGUGUAACAGCAGGUGUAAUAGACAGCCAACCAGUUGCAAUAAAUGGUGGUUUUCAAUUAACAUUUACCACAGUUCCAACAGAUUUAAACCCAUCUUCCUCAGAAGGACAAUAAACCUGCAUACAAUGCAAUAACAUAACUUACAAUCAAAACAUUGUGGACCAAUAUAACUUGUCAAACAGAAACUGCAACCUACAACAUGUGUAGGCAUGUCACAAGCAACAUGUACAUCCAUAUGUAAAAGUUAGGGCCCCUAGAAUCAAGAGCUUGUCACAUCAGUAAACCCAAUCUCAUAAAAUACCAGGCCAAGUUAAGAGAGAAAUGCUGACUAAGGGAGAGUGGAGAGCAUGAAUACCAAGAAAAUAAAUCUGAGGUGCAUGUGCUGAUAAACAUGUGCACUUGGCAGCAUAAUAUUGGUCCAUGGUGUUUUGAUUUAAGUUAUGUUAUCGCAUUGUAUGCAGGCUUCUUGUCCUUCUGAGGAAGAUGAGUUUAAAUCUGUUGAAAUCAUGGUAAAGGUCAAUUGAAAACUACCAUUUAUUUUAAGUGGGUGGGUGUCUAUUACACCUGCUGUUCUGUAACCAUCGCUGUAGUGCAGCCAUGUUCAAAAUAAUGCAGUGUAACACCCAGGGUUCAAAUUCCAUACUAACAGUUACAUCAGUUUUUAUACCUCCUGUAUUAUGUUAAUAUGCAGAGCUAUACAGUAGAAAAAUAGGUUGUGAAUACAAGAAGAAAGCAGUUUUAUAAGGAAGAAAGCUAAAGUCCUUUAGGAGAAGCAAGGAAGGCAUGGAUGAGAAGUGAAAGGGUCAAGGUAGUGGGAAAAUAAUAAGAUAACUUUUAUGGGUGUUUUCUGUGUGGCUGGAGUCUUUUCUUCCCCUCCAUGGAGAGCUGGUUCAGCUUCAUGAAUCUCACUUCUGAUGAUCUCAAUGACCCUCCCAUUGUGGCUGUAAUAGUUAAGUGAGAUAGACUGAUUCCAAUCUACUUAAAAUGACUACAUGAAUCUAGCUAGCUGUUUUCACAGUUGAUGUAUAUAGGCCAGAGAAACAAUCCUGUACCCAACCAUUGACAGUAAUUGGAGCAUCUAGAGCAAGGCUGCCAGCAACAUAUUUAGGUUUCAGAUAUAUCUCAGACUUAUGAAAAGUUACAUUCUGUUGUUGGGCUCCAAUGGCAAAACAAAAGAAAACCUGUGCUGAAUUUCUCAAUAAUCUGCUCUGCUCGGGGUAGUCUGUGCAAUCUUUCUGCAUAUUUCCCCUUAUCUCACAAUUCCUUCCAUCAGGAAACCUUUGGCAAUGGAAGUUCAUCUUUGUAAUACUUUUAAUGCAUAUACUGCUGUCAGUUGUACCAAAAUGUACUACAGUUUCAAUAUUGGAUGAAAGAUUAUCUCAUUAUCUUGUGGCUGUGUUCUUUGAAUGGAUGUAAUGCAGAAUGCAAAACUAAAUACAACUUUUCAUCACUUUCUUCGUAUGAGGUACCACAGCUGUGAAUUUAUUAAAGAGUUUAAAUAAAUAAAAAUUAAUUUGAAGUAAAUAGGCAUGCAAAGAUGUACAUAUGGUAUAUUAUUGUAUUAAGAGCUUGUAACUUAAUGCUGAUAAUGUAAAGUGGACAUUCCAGGGUUCAAAUCAAUAUAUUAUAUUUCUUGAUGUUGCACUACAGUUUUUCAUGAUGUUAUUCAGGUGUAUAUUAUGUACCUUUUAGUGCAGUCGUAUGGUAGUGUACCCUCACAUUGUUAAUUUUUGUGAAUGUGGAAAGUUCUAAUCAUGUAGUUAAAUGCUCAUGUUAAUGGCUGGUAAAAUAACAGCAUUAGAAUAUAUUCAUUAAAGCUCAGACACAACCUGACAAAGGCGACAAAUCUUAAUGUGUUGUGAAUAUUUAUUUGUAAGCUGUAAAUUAAUUGCCAGACUAAGUGUUCUCUAAAAGCAGUAUUAAUGAGGCUUAGCAGUUGAAGAGAUCACAAUGCGAGAAGAGUUUUUAUGGAGAACUUUUAUACUUUUUUAUGGUUUUAUUUCUCUGUUAAUGAUAAUUCUUUUUAUGUUGUUCUUUGAUGGCCUCUUUAUGUAGCCAACAGUUUGUUUAAUUUUUUUACUUGUUUAUAAGACUGUAAAUGACUUUAAUGACUUUGAAGAUGACAAGGUGGAAUGUGAGAAUUUCAGGAAAUUAAUUCUAAGCCAAACUUUCAUAUGGUAUAUUACCAUGUAUUGUAUAUGGUACAAUACUUGUGGAACAUUUUUAUGCUAAAUAUUUUGUAGAUUAUGGGGAACCUGGACUCUCUUGUUUGCCCCAUAAGCCAAAGAUUACAAAUAUCUUGGUGCUUUGCAACUUGGCACUAACCUAUCUUUGAAUUAAUGACGAAUUGCAGAGUUGUGGCAUUGCAAGAAACUAUUUCCCAUGGAAGCCUAUGCCCAACUUAAUGACAUUGUCAGCUUCAUCCCAUUCACCUUAACAUUUGUGAAAGGGGUAAAUGUGGUCUGUUAUUUCCCUUGCUGUAUUGCAUUUCUCUAUUCAGCAAACUGUAUUGUAAAAGAAGCUAUACACAACAGUCUAAAAGUCUUAAAUAUUACAAUUAUUUUUCUUAUACUUUUCUCUUCAUUACUGAACUUCAGUAGGAAUUAACAUCCAAUUCAGUGGGAACCCAGUCUCUGGUUUUGAACAUGCAAGAUUAUCGUGUUGAAUAAAUUGCCCCUUUCUGGUCAAACAUCAGUGCUGAUGGUGCCAUUUCAAACAAGUGAACUUCAUGUACUUUCAGUGGAAUAAAACAUACCAAAUUGCAUUUGUCAUCUGCAUUUCACCACAUCUACUUAUCCUUCUUCCUGUUUGCAUGUUAGGGUUAGGGUUGGUUUCCUGCUGAUCGGUUUCGGCUGUCUCUUGUAUAUUGUGAUUUUCUAGUAUGAAAACAAUCUUUUGUGUAAAUUCAACCACAGAAUCUAGACUGCUUUUAUCCUAAGAUAAAGAAUGCUGUAUUUAUUUCCAGUUUUAAUGAAGGCAAUAAUGUCGCACCCAGUCUUCUAAUUAUUUUAUUUUAUUUUAUUUUAUUUUAUUUAUUUUUUUUUUUCGUCAUGUUGUUGGGCUGUCAAGUUGCAUAGCACCAAACUGCAUAGUAACAAUGCAGAAUAUGUUUUUUUAAAUAAUCACAUCUGUGGGUUUCAUAUAAAGUAAUUAUGGUAUCAA